CAUCUACUAGGUAUGCAAGUCAAGUAUCAAAUUUCCUCUUUGAUCAUGAAGUCCUUGACCCAAUUGUAUAUUUCUUUCUAUUACUAUAGAUUUUGCUACGAUUGACUUCUCACAUUGUUCCCUUCAUCAUGUCUGAUCCCCGAAAUCCCAAUAUCAAAAGUAGGCACACUCCACAGUGGGCACUCUAUCAGCGAGAGAUGUUUUGGAAGGAUAACACUGGGAGGUUCCUCCGUUUAGCACUGAUCCAGGAGAUCUUGAGGAUCUGGCUAAAGAAACCUUAACAAAAAAUGGAUGGUACGUUGAGCUCUGAUACCUGCACAUCACCAAACUGAAGUUUUUCCAUAGGUAAUAUGCUUCCUGCAACGCAGGCCAAUCACACACGCAUCUCGCGCGAAUCGACAUGCCUUUUACCGCCACCGAAUUGUACCUCGAAUGCUCGUCGAUACAAACAAUCGUGAUACGAGGGCUGGUAUCUUUGGCCAUAAGGUUAGCGCAUCCAUUGGAUUUGCAACUAUCGGAAUCAACGAGAUUUACAACCAGUAACUAAGGUUGCUAAAGAAUUGAAUUUGCCAUAUUGUUUAUCUACUGCAGGAUCGACUUCGAUUGAAGAUGUUGGAGCUGCGAAUGGUGCUGGACCACGAUUUUUCCAAUUAUAUACGCCGCAUGAUGACGAGUUAACAUUGAGCUUGUUGCAACGAGCUCAUGAUAGUGGAUUUACUGCCUGUAUCUUAAUAUUGGAUACAUGGCAGUUAGCUUGGCGACAUCGUGAUGUUGUGAACUCAAAUUACGCUUUUUACCAUGGCCAAGGAGCUGAUUUGGGACUAUCUGAUCCUAUUUUCCAGAAACGAUUAGAAGAAGCCGGCAUCGAUGCAAAGAAGCAACCAAAUGAGGCUGCAGCGAUGUGGAUUGACAACGUUUGGCAUGGACGCGCCUGGUCCUGGGAGAAAAUGCCUUGGCUCAUGGAGCAAUGGAAGAGGAUUAGCAACGGCAAACCCUUUUGCUUGAAUGGUAUUCAGUAUGUUGCUGACGCGGAGAAAGCUGUUGAACUUGGUGUUGAUGGCAUAGUCGUGUCUAAACAUGCUGGAAGGCAGGUCGAUGGAGCUUGUGCAAGCUUAGAUGCGUUGGAGAAAAUCGUUAAUGGUAUGUGAUUAAUGCCCAGCACUUACCUAGUUUGUGGAUUAUCACGUCGAUGAGGUUGAUACUGAUCCUUCUAUUUAGCUGUUGGUGAUAAGACAUACAUCAUGUUUGACUCUGGCAUUCGUGGUGCAGCUGAUAUGUUCAAAGCUCUGGCUCUUGGAGCAAAAUUUGUUUUCGUCGGAAGAUUAUGGGCUUGGGGACUAAGUAUCAAGGGCGAAUUGGGGGUUCGACAUGUCAUGAAGUCUCUCUUAGCCGACUUUGAUAUCUUGCAGAGAUAUCGAAACUAUGAUGGCUUCAUCCUUCAUCAUCAAGAAUAUAAUGUAAUAUAAAAAUUAGAAUCAAACAACAGUACAUAUGAUAUGCCUCCCCGUUGGAUCUAUUCCAUUCCGUGCU